AUGUCCGACUGCACGCUGCUGAAGCUGGGGUUAGAAGGGAUAGUCGCCGAGCGUCGCGGCUGGCACGUCAACGACUGGGGAGAGAAGCGGGAAAGGGAAGGGAAAGACCCUAACCCUCGUACUCGUUUCUUUGGUGCUUAUGACAAAGAUCCCAACUAUUGGAACCACUAG